AUGCUCUACAUGACCCCAUUCGAAGUAUUUUUCUACGCUACCUCCGUCUAUGCUCUCCCCUCCCCCGACGUCAAUGUUACAACCAUUUUAAGCAAUACCGGCGGUCCAUCCUUGCCUUUCAUCACUCCAACGGGCCAAACAGCGCUCUUAUGGGCAUCCAUCGGCCUUGCCGUCAUCACGUCCUUUUGGCAAGGCCUCAUCGUUACCAUCGUCACUAUAACCGAAGACCAAGGGAUGUGGACAUUCCGUUUCCGCAUCGCGCGCUACGAGCACUGGUGGUGGACCGUCGUCUCCGUCAUGCUCUCCACCUCAUUCAUCCUCAUCAUCUUUUCGUUCCUCUCCGGAAAUAGCAAUGAUUCGCUCGGAGUCCUAACACUAUCUACAGCCACUGCCAUCACCAUCGUGCGCUACGCCAUCCCAGCGUGGCGGAAUCGCAGCUACAUCCAGCUUCGUUGGCUGUCGUGGACAGGGCCGAGCCGUACAGGAAUCGCAUCCACGUUCGGUAAAUUCUGUCUGGACAGCAACAGCUGGAGAAGUAUACAAGAGAUGCCUCGUCAAGCACGCAUCGUCCCAGCACCGUCGGAUGAGUGGGGUUGGGCCAUUAAUCCACCGAGAGGAAUUUGGCAGGACCCGACAGCUCUGCUGCAGAACCUUGAUGAAAAGACGAUUAGUGGCGCGGUGUAUACCGAUGGUCAGCUCGGGCCUUGCGUCUACGAUGACGGGUAUACUCGAGGUCAAGUAUCGCUUCUGUGGGGUGAGAAGGAAGGGUUUCGACGCCGUGUCUCGCGAGCGAUCAAUAGCAUUCCGAACAGUCUGCUCAGCUCUGUCCCCUCAACAUACGACGGCUUCAAUGGGACAGGCCUAUGCCUCGCCAUGGGCAUAUUAGGACGUAAUAAAGGACUAGCGCCUUUUCAAUUGGUAUUCGACGUUCACGAUCGCAGAAAGGAGGCAAACGGCAUUUCUAGAAGCGACCCACACUACAAGGUGACCACGGAACUGGAAGCAACCUCCGCAUGGUUUCCCCGGCCGAACAAAGUCAUGCGGUCGUUCUACCAAAAGUCGAUGGAGGACCAAUACGCCGGUCUUGGUCCCGAGUUUGUCAGCGUCGCCGUCGAGUUGGCUUUGAUCCUGCUCGACUGCCCUUCUGAAGUGACGAAGCGGUGGUUGGAUCAAAACCUCGAACAGCAAUCAAUGCAGUUAAACAUUCAGAUGUCCGACCGCACUAAAGGAUCAGGUACAGCAGCGACCCCCGCGGAGCUCCAGACGCUCUACCGCGCGAGCUACACCUCCAUGAUCAUCUCGCUCAACUACUUCGACCAGAUCCAGCCCGAUGUUGGAAGCACGCAUCGCCCGGACUUAACCUGCUUCGCACUUCUAUGGCUCGCGGAAGGAGGGCUGGAGCCGAAGUGGUGGAAGGAGAAAUGGGUAGAGAUCAGGCUGAAUGCGGAGGCUAGCAGUUUGAAGGGGAGGUGGAAGAGAGCGGCCAGUUGGUUACUCGGCUUGGGCGAUGCACCGCCUCAGCUCAAUCUCGCCAAGUGGCCAGUUUUGGCGCCUAACGAAGGCCAAAGUGCUAACGCCUCUCCAGCCAAAUAG